AUUUCUUCCCUACUAUGCUAUCGCUCUCCCUCCCCGUGGCCGUGGCAGGAGCGCGGGUGCGGGUGUGCGAGCGGGGGGCGGAUGAUGCGCUCAGGGGUGCGCGGGGUGUGUGCGCCCCAAGAUGCGCGGCUCGCGACGGCGAUCCGGGUCCCUCCGUAUUUACAUGCACAUGUCAAUCUCUCCCUCUGCCUGCACUCCAUCUGGCAGCCCCGCGCCAGGUUUUGUUGUUGCUGCGGAUGGUGGUUGGCGAUGUUUUCUUUUGCUUUUCGGUUCGUGCCUCCUGCCAUCUUCCCGCUGCUCCCCACCCCCUUCCCCGGCCCCGCCGCUCUCUCCCCGGCCCCGCUCAUUGUGCCCGGGAUUUAUCACCACGGUGCUCGCUACACGUUUAUCGUGCGGUGCCCCUUCGCGUGUGCGUGUGUGCGCCUGCGGUGGUGGAUGUGGUUUUGUCUAUUGUUGGCAUGAGCCCGGGGGUGGGGUGGGGGGAGAUGCAUCCCUCUGUACGAGAUGUGCUCCCAUUCAGCUUCCUUUCCCCCCCACCUCCCGCCCCACCGUUUCUCUUUAAACCCGAACACUUCUCGGUAGCUCCAUUCCCAGGCUUUUUUCCUGAAAGAAAGAUGAAGGACGUGUAAGUAGGCAAGGAAAGAGUAAAGGGGAGCGAACGAGGGGUGAACAGGGGGGAUAUGUGGCACUGUCUCCCCUCUGCCGGUGCUCGGAGCGUGCUGCUCCGCGAGGUUUGGCCUUGUUUUCACUCCACGCGUUGUUCAAAGGAAAGUUUGGGAGCGAGCCGGGUUCCUGUGCUACUGUCAUUUUUAUUUUUUUUUUUUAGCACGCUGCUCGCUUUAUUUCUUCAUCAAACUCCACCCUCUCCUUAAAGCCUGCAUACAAAUCGCGAUUUAUAACCUAUUUACCGAUCCUUCUCCUAGCAGAACUCGCGGCUGGCAGCAGGCUCCGCGCCCUCCAAGCGUUCCUCGGCUCCUUCUCUUCCCCUUCUGCUUUUCAGCUCUCCCCGCGUUCCCUCGCAGGAAGGUCCCUGCCCUCCUUUUUCCCCGGUUCCCCUGUUUGGCCGCUUACUGCCUAAAAUUGAGCCAAAGGUGUCUGAGAGCCUCAGCAGCCAACCGCUGCGUCCCGUUGACUGCUGCAGCCUUCAUGGGCUGUAACACUGUAUUUUGUGUUGCCACAAGAAAGGCAAGAGAGCCGCUCCAGACCUGAAGUGUGAUGGCCUCGUUGGUACCUCCAGAGGCUGUUGGUCAGGGGGAAAAAGAUAAAGGGGGAGGGGGGGAGAGGGGGCACCCCAAAACUUGGAAUUGUGCUCAUAGUGGAUUGAAAAAUCAGAGCCAAAUAUAAGGCAGAGCCAUAAGGCAGAGGUGGGCCGGGGGCAGAGGAGAAAAGGUGCGGCCCGCGGGACGCGUGGGAAUAAAGGCAAAAGUUGUGGGAGUGUGCAGUGCCGGGACGGGGGACGGUGCGCCGUGCGGGUGUCGGAGCGGGGACCAGCCCAAAGCGGCCGCGUCUCUCCCAAAGUUACCUUUGUUUACAUGGCAUGCUGUUGGAAACGCGGUGUGGCACUGCUGGAGGGAAACACACACACACGCUUUAAAAAAAAAAAAAAAAAAAAAAAAAAAAAACUUUGGUCAGCGCUCGGGACUGGCGGCACGCUCACGCUCUGUGCGGAGAUGGUUAAUGAAUCCGGUGUUUUUGCAGUUGCAAGCUUGUGCAUUCACUGUGCAACGCUUACUGCAGGCUUUUGCAGUGGCGACAGCGCACCAAAGAUAUUAAUUACACCGUCCCCUUUUUUUUCCACGAAUGUUUGGCUAUUCGGUUCAGCGAGGAAGAAUGCCACCCACCCAGCCCAACCCCGGCCAGUACGCCCUGACCAACGGGGACCCCCUGAACGGGCACUGCUAUCUCUCGGGAUACAUCUCCCUGCUUCUGAGAGCAGAGCCCUACCCCACCUCCCGCUUUGGCAGUCAAUGCAUGCAACCCAACAACAUCAUGGGCAUCGAGAACAUUUGCGAGCUGGCCGCCCGGCUGCUCUUCAGCGCGGUGGAGUGGGCCCGCAACAUCCCCUUCUUCCCAGACCUGCAAAUCACCGACCAGGUGGCCCUGCUGAGGCUCACCUGGAGCGAGCUCUUCGUGCUCAACGCAGCGCAGUGCUCCAUGCCGCUGCACGUGGCCCCGCUGCUGGCAGCCGCCGGCCUCCACGCCUCCCCCAUGUCGGCCGAUCGCGUCGUCGCCUUCAUGGACCACAUCCGCAUCUUCCAGGAGCAGGUGGAGAAGCUGAAGGCGCUGCACGUCGACUCGGCCGAGUACAGCUGCCUCAAAGCCAUCGUCCUCUUCACCUCAGACGCCUGCGGGCUGUCGGAUGCGGCGCACAUCGAGAGCCUGCAGGAGAAAUCGCAGUGCGCGCUGGAGGAGUACGUGCGGAGCCAGUACCCCAACCAGCCCAGCCGCUUCGGCAAGCUGCUGCUGAGGCUGCCCUCCCUGCGCACCGUUUCCUCCUCCGUUAUCGAGCAGCUCUUCUUCGUCCGCUUGGUAGGUAAAACCCCCAUCGAGACCCUCAUCAGGGAUAUGUUACUGUCUGGCAGCAGUUUUAACUGGCCUUACAUGUCCAUCCAGUGCUCCUAGAGCCCGGCCGCAGCCCGGCGGGGACGCUGCGCGGCGGCGGAGGCGGGGGCGCGCGCACCGAGGGGCGGUCGGGGCGCGGGGGGGGCCCGAGAGGCGGACACUGAACAAAAGAACGGCGCGAGUGGGAGCAGAGGUGUGGCCGCGGUGGGGAGAGGGACGGACCUCGCGUCCGUGCGGGUCGUGGUGUUGCGGUUGGUCUUCGGUUUGGUUGGGUUCCGGUUAUUAUUAUUAUUUUUUUUUUAUAUAUUUUUUUUUCCGUUUUUUUUUUUUCUUUCGGAGAGGAGGAAAAAAAAAAAAGAUAAUAAUAAUAAAAUACAAAAAGGCAAAAAAAAUUAAAAAAAUACAAAAAAAAAUAAAAUAAAAAUAUGAGUAUUGAGGGGAUAUUAAUCACACCUGAAGGGGAUACUGGAGCUUCCAGGAUUUAUUGUGGACUGUUGUUGAUAUAUGCUGUACAGUUACAAACAAAACAAAUCGCGUUGAAGCCGAACUGAACCUUGUGUAGAAUGAGCAACAAACCAACGAGUGAACAAACCGACAAACAAUUCCACGCGCAAACACUUACCACGAGCAUUGUUACUCAUUUUGUAAAAUAUUAGUCUUUAUUUUCAUUUUUUUGUAAAACUUAAGACAUCGUAUGCGCAUAAAGGAAAAAAAAAAAAGAAAAAGAAAAAAAAAAGAAACAAGAAUUAGGGGAAAAUAACAUUUUCCAAAUAAUUAUAAAAACAAAAAUUGUCCUGUGUCUAUGUAUCUAUAUCUGUUUUGUAUUUUUUUCUGGUUCCAAACCAGGUUUCCUGUGAUUCUAUACUAAUAAUUUUUGAUAUAACCCUUUGCUUCUUAUAAUGAGUGCGAUAUAUGUUGUCGAAGCUGUUCUUCAAGAAUUAAAAUUGAAGUGAGAAUUUAAACAAAAAUAAAAGAAUUUAGCAAAAAAAAAAAAAAAGAAAAAAGAGAAAAAAAAACCAACAACAACAACUUAUCACCCCACAACCCACGAGUCUCGUUGCUUGAAACGUGCCAACAGUUCACCAAAAAGAGAGAACAAUAAUAAUAAUAAUAACCAAAACCA